AGCUAACAAGACUCGGGGGCGCGGGUUUAUAUUUAUCUACUUUCAUUCACCGUGCAGAUAAAAAAUGGCGGCAGAUAUGUCUGUGACUUCUUGUGAAGGAGAACUUGAGAAGAAAGAGCUGGCUUUGCCUGAUGGAGAAUAUGAGAUUAAAAUUGUCGACUCAAAAAAAGAUGAGAAUGAAAAAUAUGUCUAUAAAAUCAGUUGGACCAAAACUGCUUGGAAAACCCAGGAGACGUUUCAUGAACAUUAUAAACAUUUGGUCGAUGAAUACUGGGAAAAUAAUGGUAAAGAAAAUGUAUCAAAAUCAUCCUUUCCAACCAAAAGCAAAAAGACAGUCAAUGACAAUGAUGCUAAUGUGAUAGUGUUGCGAAGGGUAGAAUCAGACAUUGAAGACACAGAGAUAUUGGAUAUUUCAAAUCCUCCAGGAGAUGAUGUGGACAGUAAAGAUUGUGUUUCAGAUCAAGAUAUGAUGGCAGUUGUGAAGGAUGAAUUGAGUAUACCAGUUGUAGUUGAACAAGGAUCCAAACGAAAGGGGAGACCUUUGAAAUGGGUAACUCGCAGCAGCGUAGAGACAAACGCUUCAGGUGGAGAUAGCACUGCACUAAGCUCACUUUUAUGUAGCCUGUGUGAUGUGAUUUGCUUGACCAAUAUGGAUUACAAAAAACAUUGGACAGAUAACCAUCCUAACAAACAAAGGACGUUCAAGUGUGAACAUUGCAGUAGAAUAUUUCAAAAAAAACAAAAGUUGAAGGAGCACAUUGUUUGUCAUUCUGGAGAACGUCCCUAUGCAUGUGAUCUAUGUGAUAAAACCUAUAUUUACCAAAAAAAUCUCACUGAUCACAAAAAGAGAAUGCACCCAAAUGUUCCCUGCAGCAUUUGCAACCAGAGAUUUCCCAACCAAGAAUCACUUAAUAAACAUGCAUCAGAUGUUCAUAAUUUGAUUAAUUUGUUCCAAUGUGGACGAUGUAAAGAGUUUUUCAAACUUGCAGACGAGUAUAAGCAACAUACGAAGGAGUGCUCAUCCCAAUAUACAUGUGCUACAUGCCCAAAGUCAUUUGUGAACCGCUCUGACUGCCGAAUGCAUGAAAGGAUUCAUGAUGGAACCAACCCUCAUCAUUGUGAGGAAUGUGAUAAAUAUUUCUUGAAGAGAAGCAAGUUGAUUGCUCACAUGGAAAUCCAUAACAAAAAAGAUUCAAACACAAAUGAAAAUUCAACCACGGACACAGAGGAAGCUCAAUUUGUAUGCGAAACAUGCAACAAAAGUUUCAAGCUUGAGAAGUAUUUGAAAAGCCAUCAGAUCAUCCAUGAGCAAGAGGCAGCGAACGGUGGCAGACUUCUCAAAUUUGUAUGUAAAACCUGCUACAUUUCAUAUGAUAGGUUAACACACUUAAAAAGACAUUUGCAAGAAUCGACUUCAUGCUUUUCAGUUGAGUGUUCUAUUUGUAAUCAGAAAUUUCAGAGUAAGAAAAGGCUGUCUUCGCAUGCUAAGCUUCAUACAGACCGUAAGAGCUUCAAAUGUGAAACAUGCCAACGGGCCUUUGGACACAAAACAGACUUGCUAAAACAUGAGAGAAGCCAUUCUGUUGACAAACAAUUUUCUUGUGAAUUAUGUGAUAAAAAGUUUCUAGAAAAGUGGUUACUAAGAGCUCAUAUGGAAUGGCAUACCACUGGUCGACAUCCUUUCCAAUGCCCAAUCUGUGACAAGAUUCUUGGUAAGACAUCCAAGCUUCAAGAACACAUUAGAUGUGUUCAUUUUAAAGAAAGAGAUUAUAUCUGUGACACAUGUGGGAAAGAGUAUUCCAGCAAAACUGACCUGCUGAAACACAUCAAACUGCACGAAGACGAGAAUGAAGGUGGUAAUUUAAAGUGCGAGAUAUGUCAAGCUGAUGGUUUUACUGCAGCGACGCUUGAAGAGCAUCAUUUUGUUCAUAUGCGUGUUCAAAUGAACUCAGGUGAAGUGCUGGACUUCGACAACGUUAACCAAAAUCGAGAUUUUUUUGGAAAAGAAAAUUCAUCGGACGGUGAUGAAGAUGAAGAUGUGGAAAUGCAAGAGGGUGAGAUUCUGAUAGCACCUCGGUCACCUGCUGACCAAGCCGAUGUUGCUGACCAAAAUGCUAAAGUAAAAGUCAACCCUGUUCCAGCAGUAAAUUUCCCGUUAACAUUAGCCUCUCCUGUUGUUUGUGGAGAAACAGACAUGGAAGGUGUGUCCGCUGAACCUUCUCCUCCUGUUGAACCACAAGAAACAAACACAGUGGAAGAGCAAGCAGCUAUUAUCCAAAAGUUAAUUUUGGCAGCACAAGAGGAUAUUGCACAAUCUAACGCUAAUGAGAACCCAAUAGAUGCCUCCGAAACAACUGUUGACGAGCAAGCAAUGGAUAAUGGAAAUGUACAAAUUAUAACUACAACCAUGCAACAAGAUCCAAUGCAACCAGAGGAAGAAACGAAUGUACAAAUUGUGACCUCACUCCCCAGUCAAAUAGAUGAAUCUGAUAUUCAGAUUGUUACUACGAUACACCUAGAAACAGACAACAAUGCCCCAAUCUCGAACGAGCUUCUACAGCGGACUGUUCAACAGUUGCUUAUGGCUGCUCAGGAAAGCCAGCAGCAACAGUAGCAAUAAAAAGUUGGAUUUUUUGAAAGCUAAAUACUAUUUUAAAGCAUUUUUUGUGGUUUGUUUGUGAUCAUGUAAACAACAUGGAAUAUUUGUUUCCCAUCUGUUAUGCUAAACAAGUCAAGCCAAGUAUAGUCGUGUUUUAUAGCAUAUUGUGUAAGUUUUUGGAUACGUAAAGAAAAAACCGUAGCUGAGCUGGAGACAGGAUUAUUCAACACGUGGAAAAAAUAAACUUUUGCGAAUCUUUUAGAAAUAAAUUUUGAUUGAAUUUAAAUAUUUAACUAAACUUCUCCUUAGAUGGUAUAAUGUUUAUUAUUCGAGGGUAUGCUGAUGUAAAAAUGAAACGUGCUAUGUAGAGUACCUGCUAUUAACCUUUUAUUAAAUUUAUAUAAAAUUAAUUUAGGCCAAUAUUUUUUGUUGUUGUAGAAAUCUUAACCCAGUUCGAAAUAUAAAGUUGUCUUGAAGAUAAUAAAUUUCACAGACUAAAAAAUGAAUAGAAGCCAAGGUGGCCACACCUCCUAGAAUCUCCUCUGCUUCGAUUUUCUUAAAUAAAUUUUGUGAUAAAACUAUUACAUGUAAACUAGCUCUUACAAAGUAAUAUUCUGUAUGUUUUCACGAAAAGUUGUCUAUUUUUUGUUGUUUAAAGUAAUGUUGUUAACAAACAUGAAUGGCUAAUAGUGUAAACAAAAAGUUUCUCAUGCUUAAUUGAUUGAUAUAUAACUUUUCGAGAAAUACAAACUUUCUGAUUUAAAUUUCGAGCAAUAUAGUUAUGUAAAUAUAUUUAUUGGCAUUUAUUUCAUGCUUCAUUUCUGUUUGUUUGUUUUAUUUUAAUUUUACGUGUUACUGAAGAAAUUAAGAGUGUUGUUCUAUAAAUGAAGUAUUAACUGUCUCCUAGUAUAUUGGCCAAUCAAGAUGAAGUAUUAACUGUUUACUAGUAGAUUGACCAAUAAGAUGUGUUAUGCCAUUUUAAAAUUCACAGGCAACUAUAUUUCCCUCUUGGGGACCUAAAAUGUAUAAAAAAUAGUUUUCUGACU